UUAUAGUCUUUAAAACAAUACAGAACACUGGAGUGUGUGAUUUAUAAGUAAUGAUCUAUUGUGCCCGAGCAUUCCUGGUGAAAACUCGCGUGAACGCGCACUCGAGGGACUUUAUGAUGCCGUGGCUCGCUCUUAGUUAAACCAGGCUGGGUGGGCGUGGCUUCGAAAAGGCUCAACGAAUCAGAGAGAACGGGGCGGGGUGUUGAGCAGAACGAACCAAUCAGAGUGACCCACGACCCAAUGGACGCUAUCGGUCCGGUUGACUUGGCGUGUAUUCCGCGUGAUAGCGCAGUGGAGGACGUGUGCAGAGGGAAAAAGCGAGAUUUGAGUUGUCCAAAAGAAAAGACAAACUAUCAUGGUGACCCUAAAACCGGUCGCACACAAAUUAGUAAGUUAUGUGCCAUUUGUGCUUGUUCUGCUUGAUCUUCGAUACGAAGGAGUUCUCUGCAGCAGUGAGAACAGUGUAGAGAAGCACCUGGAGAUGGGGAAGAAGCUCCUCGCUGCCGGACAGCUGGCCGACGCACUUUCCCACUUCCACGCAGCUGUAGAUGGGGACCAGAAGAACUACAUGGCCUACUACAGAAGAGCGACCGUCUACCUGGCCAUGGGCAAGUCCAAAUCCGCUUUACCGGAUUUAAGCAAAGUUAUCGAACUCAAACCUGAUUUCACCUCGGCUCGACUUCAGAGAGGAAGCCUGCUACUGAAACAGGGCAAGCUCGAUGAAGCUGAGAGUGACUUCAAAAAAGUGCUGAAAUCGAACCCCAGCAACAGAGAGGAGCAGGAAGCACAGAGCCAGUUGAAGAAAUCGGAUGAAAUCCAAAGAUUGGUGUCUGAGGCUCGGAGGAGUUUCCAGCGCGACGACUUCGGCGCAGCGGCUGCGCUCCUGGAUACGGUUAUUGAAACAUGCGUGUGGGACGUUUACUCCCGAGAGCUCCGAGCCGAGUGCUUCAUUCAGCUGGGCGAGAUGGGAAAAGCGAUCAGUGACCUUAAAGCAGCAUCCAAACUGAAGAACGACAACACGCAGGCUUUCUACCAGCUCAGUACCAUCUAUUACAACCUGGGAGAUCAUGAGAUGGCCCUCAAUGAAGUGCGAGAGUGUUUGAAGCUGGACCCUGAACACAAGCAGUGCUUCAGCCAUUAUAAGCAGGUGAAGAAGCUCAACAAGCAGAUCACGUCAGCCGAGGAGCUGAUCCAGCAGGAGAGGUACGGAGAUGCAGUCAGCAAGUACGAGUCGGUUAUGAAGACGGAGCCGAACGUUCCACAGUACACCAUCCACGCCAAGGAGCGCAUAUGUCACUGUCUGUCGAAGGAUCAGGAAGGUGCUAAAGCGAUCCUGGUGUGCAGCGAAGUCCUGAGCACAGACCCUCAGAAUGUGAACGCUCUCAAAGACAGGGCUGAGGCCUACCUCCAAGAUGAACAGUAUGAAAACGCCAUCAAAGACUUCGAGAGCGCGAAGGAGUACAGCGAGAACGAUCCUCAGAUCAAGGAGGGAUUAGAAAGAGCACAGCGCCUCCUCAAGCAGUCCCAGAAGAAAGACUACUACAAGAUCCUCGGGGUCAAGAGGACAGCCCAGAAGAAGGAGAUCAUUAAAGCCUACAGGAAGUUGGCACAGCAGUGGCACCCAGACAACUUCCAGGAUCCUGAAGAGAAGAAAAAGGCUGAGAAGAAGUUCAUAGACAUCGCACAGGCCAAGGAAGUGCUCACUGACCCAGAAAUGAGGAGUUCGUUUGAUCAGGGUGAAGACCCCCUGGACCCUGAGAGCAAGCAGGGAGGAGGCCAUCACCACUUCCACGGCGCCUGGGAGAACUUCCAGGGUUUUAACCCAUUCGGAUCAGGACCGUUCAACUUUAAAUUCAAUUUUAACUGAGGUACCCCCUCCCCUCCCCACCCACGGGAGCAGCCUGAGAGAAAAAGCGUAACCUCCUGAACCUAAUUGACACUGAACUCCGCAGACGCGUCUGCAGGAGCUGCCGUGGCAACGAGACGCAUCCCGCUCUGUUCGAACGUUCACGGACUUGCCAAGCGGAACCGAGUGGUAUUACGUCAAGCGAUUUUGUUCUUCUUCUUCAGGGAAACUUCACAGUGUAGGUUCAACUCCUAAUCAAUCGACUAUCCCAAAAAAUCAUAUGUAUAUAGGAGACUGCACUAUUUUUCUAUUAAUGUAAUAAUACUUUGUAAAUACGGGAAUAAAAAAAAGGUGUUGCUUUAUUUAAUUUAA